GGUCUCCUCUCUCUCAGACUCGGGAUCCCAGUGGCGUCCCCAGACUCCACCGAGAGGAGAAGGCGCCCCCGUGCCCGGCCCGCCCUCUGUGCUUGUCCCCAGCAGAGGUUCAGGGAGAAUCUGCAGGACCUGCUGCCCGCCCUGCCCAACUCUGAUGACGACUUUCUCCUGCGCUGGCUUCGAGCCCGAAACUUUGACCUGCAGCAAUCCCAGGACAUGCUUCAGAAGCACGUGGAGUUCCGGAAGCAACAGGACCUGGACAACAUCCUCACAUGGCAGCCCUUGGAGGUGGUCCAGCUGUACGACUCGGGUGGCCUGUGCGGCUAUGACUACGAAGGCUGCCCCGUGUGGUUUGACAUCAUGGGCACCCUGGACUUCAAGGGCCUCCUCCUGUCGGCCUCCAAGCAGGAGCUGGUGCGCAAGCGCAUCAAAGCCUGUGAGCUCCUGCGGCGGGAGUGUGAGCGGCAGAGCCAGAAGCUGGGCAGAAAGAUCGAGACGGCGCUGAUGGUGUUUGACAUGGAGGGGUUCGGCCUGAAGCACCUGUGGAAGCCAGGUGUGGAGGUGUACCAGCAGUUCUUCGCCAUCCUGGACGCUAACUACCCUGAGAUGCUGAAGAACUUAAUUGUGAUCCGAGCCCCCAGGCUGUUCCCCGUGGCCUUCAACCUGGUCAAGUCGUUCAUGAGUGAGGACACACGCAGGAAGAUGGUGAUCCUGGGAGACAACUGGAAGCAGGAGCUGCACAAGUUCAUCAGCCCCGACCAGCUGCCCGCGGUGUUUGGGGGGACCAUGACCGACCCCGACGGCAACCCCAAGUGCCUGACCAAGAUCAACUUUGGGGGCGAGGUGCCCAAGAGCUACUACAGGCGCCAGCAGGUGAAGCUGCAGUACGAGCACACGGUGUCCGUGGGCCGCGGCUCCUCCCAGCAGGUGGAGAACGAGAUCCUCUCGCCAGGCUGUGUGCUGAGGUGGCAGUUUGCAUCGGACGGCGGGGACAUCGGCUUCGGGGUCUUCCUCAAGACCAAGAUGGGGGAGCGGCAGCGGGCAGGGGAGAUGACGGAGGUGCUGCCCAGCCAGCACUACAACGCCCACCUGGUGCCCGAGGACGGGAGCCUCACCUGUGCGGAGGCCGGAGUCUACGUCCUGCGCUUCGACAACACCUACAGCCUGGUCCACGCCAAGAAGGUGAGCUACACCGUGGAGGUGCUGCUCCCGGACAAGGCCUCCCAGGAGAAGCUGCAGGGUCUCAGAGCCUCAAGCCCUUCCGAGCAGGAGUGAAGCCCCUGGCCGCCCCUCCUCCUCCCGCUCCGCCUC